AUGGCUGGAAACAAGAAGAAGAACAAAAAUAAAGCUAACGCGAAUGCGAAUGAGAACAUCAACUCUGGUAACAGGGAGAAAAGGUCUCAGAGCAGUAUGAUUGAAAAGCGAGAGGACAACAAGGAUAUAACCGUCGACCCACUCGAUUCUUCUCCAGUAUCGAGUGGGAAGGAGAACGGAGACAAGGCGCUUUGUGAAGCGGAUGUCGUUGUCGACUCGUCCGAAGAACCCGCGGAAUCCAGCCGAACCACAGAGCAAACGAACGAUGUAGUUGCAGCCGAGCAAGGUAAGGAUGAUUUCUUGCAUGGCGAGCUUUUGCAACCAGGGUGUGUUGUCAAUGAGUCUGAGCGACUACCGACGACCACGCAAUUCAGACUCAACUCCAGCAGUGUCUCUUGUAAUACCCGUGCUGAGGAGCGAGUUUCCAAAAACGGAUGGUCCUUUGGAAGAGAAGGAGUUCAAGAUGUCGCAGUUUCCAAAGAAGAGCUAAGCAACGGGUUCCAGCCAACUCCUGAGGUUCAGGUAUCCCAAGAAAGUGUGGAAAUGACAGCAAGCGAAGCCCUGGAGAAAGACGAGGUGGUGCCGACGACUGAGAACAUCGCUCAAAAUCCAGGUCUCGAGGAUACAGUAGUAUCUGAGGAUGAUGACGGCAACGUGUCAUCGUCUCAACCUCAAUCGCACCUGCAGCCGCCAUCGGUACCUGCUAAGCAGCUCCUUGAUGACCAUAAGACUCCCUCCAGAGUGCAGAGCUGCAGACCACAAGCAUCAGCCAAGUCGCCGACGCAGAUACCGAAACUUGAUGAUCGACCAGCAUUAUCUGAGCAAGAAAUUCUGAAACAGCCCACUAUACAAGCAGCUCCAACUGAGUCGCACCUGCCCAGUAAACUCGAGGUUAUCAGUAGAGAUAAAAAUGCUCAGAUGCUCAGCCCCAAGUUCGAAGAGGGGAUAGAGGCGCUCCGCAAGCGUUUUGUUAGACAGAUUGAAGAUCAAGAACAGCGCUUCAAGCAGCGGGAACGAAAGCUUAUUGCUGAGCGCGAGUUCCUAAACGACAACCUUGAGGCUACUCACGCGGAGAUUACGCGUCUUGAGAGCCUCCAGGCUCUCCCUCAAACACUCAAGCCUACCACUCGCGACCAAGGCACUCAGACAGAGACAUCGACUGAUUCACUAACCCAAGAGCCGAAGCUACAAGGCAGCCCACCACUACUGCUUCACGGAAUUCUGGAAAAGCCUAGCAAUACGACACCAUCUUCAGUCGAGCCGCGAACCCAGGAGCAGAAGAGUUCAGAUGCCACGCGAGAACCACGGUUCCAUGAUACUCUCAAGUCACAAAACAGGGAUCGUAGUAAGAACAUGGCGCAACCAGCGCGGGAGCAAAAGGAGGCAGAAUUCGAGCGAAAGAUCCACAGUCUGGCUCGGCAGGUUGCUGCGGAGGCUCAAGAACAGUUCUCCCUCGAAGUCAUCAAAGAGUACACAUGGUGGCUCAAAGACGGCAUAAUUCGUACCGUCUAUUCUCUUGUCCGAGGUACUCACCCCAACAUCAAUUUUGCCUUCCAAUUUCUAGCCCGCGCCUAUGUCUUUGGCGAGCAUAUUGACGACAAGUGUUGGAUGAACGACGUCAUGGAUGCUCUCGUUGGUGCUCACAGUCGUGUUCGGCGUCUCAAGAUGAGCUUAAUUGUCCAGUACACGUACAAAUUUACGAAGCACACAUCGCCUAUGCGUAGAUUAUUGGUAGAUAUGUAUGCGCAUUGCUCGCAAUCGACCGACGUCGUGAACGUCAGUCUUAGGGAGCUACCGGCCGAGGUUUGA